UCCCCAUUCGACCCGGUAUCCAGCAACAACAUCAAAUAGUGAAAUCGUCUAGUAAUUAUAUGGCCCAGCAACAGUCCUAUGCAUCGUUUCAGCCCCAACAUCAGUACGAAUGUGAGGAUCAAUCAUACGGCGUAACGGUUUAUCCUCCGCGACACUACCCCGCUCUCGAGGCAGUUCCGGGAAUCACUUACCCAAUGGAACAAGCUCCGCCACAAAAUGAACAUACCCAACAGAUGCGGAUACAACAACUUCAACACAACGAGCAUAUCGAGCAUUUGCAACAACAAGGACUACCUGAGCCACAAAAGCUCAUUCAAAACGAAUAUCAGUUAAGUCCUCCAUUCCAACAGCUGCAACAAUAUCAAGAACAACAUCAACACUAUGCGCAAGAACAAGUGAGGAAUACGCACGCGAAAUGGCUCAAUCAACCGCCGAUGGCUCGUCCAACAUAUCCCAUGUACGAUUACAACGACCGUUUGCCGCCGGCUCAACCACGUCCUGCCAGCUGCUGCCAGCAAGCGCCAACUGGCGCACCUGGGGUGAACGUUCAGCAGUUGUUGGGACAUGCGCCCUGCCGCGGCAAUGCUCCGUGGUCAUAUUCCUAUUGCUAUGGCGAUGAGCAGAACAAUUACGAACCCUGCCACUUUAUACGAUGCGUUGAUAUAGAAGACUUUCUGUGAGUAAACAAAGCUAUAGUAACUGGAGUCAUUUUGCUUUUAUAUAGUGGUCAGUAUAGAAACAAAUCGAUAGCGACUGUCAAAAUUGGAAAGACCAAUUUUUUUCUUUUUGGAACUUAAA